AGACCCUUUAAGCCCCUUAUUCCCACUGUCCCAUUUCCCCUAACAUUAAUUUCAAUCUCCCACAUACUCCAUAAUUCUCCUCAGAUUUUAGUUUUUAAGUUUUUGCACCAUUUCCUAGUGUGUCCGUGUGCCUACAAAGUUUAUUCCCACCUUCCUUUCUUUCCACACUGAUCACAAUUUCACAAACACUUAAACAAGCACACUUUUCCUUUCUCUUUCUCUAGCUAGCCUCAUUCAUUGUUGUUAUCAUCACCACCAUGGCUUCUUCUUCUUCUUCAUCAUCUGGAAAUGGCUCUGCCUCUGCUUCUUCUGGCUCUCCUUGCGGAGCAUGCAAGUUCCUCAGGAGAAAAUGUGCAGCUGAUUGCAUCUUUGCACCUUACUUUUGCUCAGAACAAGGCCCUGCAAGAUUUGCAGCUAUUCAUAAAGUGUUUGGUGCCAGCAAUGUUUCCAAGUUGCUUUUGCAUAUUCCAGCUCAUGAUCGUUGUGAGGCGGUUGUCACAAUCGCUUAUGAGGCACAAGCUCGUAUCAGAGACCCUGUUUAUGGCUGUGUCUCCCACAUUUAUGCCUUACAACAACAGGUGGCAUGCUUGCAGGCUCAACUAAUGCAAGUGAAGGCUCAGCUGGCGCAGAAGAACCUGAACAUGGAGAAUCACUGGCCAGGGAAUGUUGCUGGCCAACCAAUGAACCCUUUUUGUCCCUCUAACAUGGACCCCAUUUCACCUCAGAGCUCUCUUGACUCCAUUGAUCAUAACAUGCAAGAUUUUCAUAGCAGAGAAAAUAAUUUCUCACUCCAUGCUUGUUCCAAGAAAAGAACACAUAACAACAAUGACUUGGGGGAGCUGCAAGAAUUGGCACUCAGGAUGAUGAGGAACUGAUAGCAUGGAUCAACUCCUUCCUUAUAAUCAAUUCUGAAACUCAUAAGCUACUUGUUGAAGUUUCUCCCUAAAAUUGAUUCUGAUAUUAGAAUUAAUUGUAGAAGAAUUUCCAAACAUACAUGAAGAUGAGGAUGUUCACUCAUGUUGUAGAGGAUGUGAUCUUUUGCUAGUACUGUUGUAUAUAAUAAGAGUGUCAAAAAGAAAAAUGGCCAUAAAUGGUAAGCCUAAACUAGCUAGCAUUAGGCUUUUCUGUUUGUGGAUCAUCAAUCCAAAAGAAAUUAAAAUUUUCUAGACUAGUCAGCCUCAGUAAUCUUUUGUGUUCCUGUUUGUUUCUGCUAAAGUUGGUACAGCUUUGAAAA